CUCGAUUUUGGGUUCCCUUUCUCCUAGCCCUGCUUAUGAUCAGCUAUGUAUUCUACAGAAAGUACGAGUACCGUAAAUGGAACUUGAACGUAUAUCUGGUACCAUACACUCACCUCCAGCCUGAGCCAGGAGAGGAUUAUGAAAGUUUUAAGAAAAACAAGGCUUUCCCGAUAAUUGAAUCUGUCCUUACAGCUAUGAGGAAAGAUUACAGAUAUGUAUUCAAUUGGCAGGAGGUUGGAAUAUUUUCAGAAUGGUACUACGAGACAACUGAAGAAUGGCAAAAACUUGCAAAUCGUAUGAUCAAUGACAACCGAUUCAUUUUCAUUAAUGCCAACUGGGGAACAAUGGCUGAAGGAAUGGUAGACUAUAAAAGCAAAAUUGAUCAGCUUAGCCUUGGGCAGGAAUUCUUGUAUAAAAUGUUUGACAAGAUUCCUAAUAUUGGUGGAGAAAUAAAUGAUAAUCUAUCAACUGAUUAUAAACUUUGCAACAAACCUGGAAGUUGUGAAAAGCCUAUUCUUGAGAAUAAUUACUUCAAUGAUUCAUUGUAUUCCAUGAUGGGAAUCGAUACUCUGCUAAAUUUUAGAUAUUUAACUUACCCUUCAAAAAGAGACAUGAGUAUCGGAUAUCCCUUUGAUUUUAGAAAGAAGUCUGACUACAAAUGAGAUGAUCCUUUCAUUCCUGUCAGCGACACAAGAAGCUUCAGAACCCAACUAAUGGAGCCUUAUGUUCAUAAAUAUCCAUGGGCAGAUGACUUAAUUAUUCUAUAUGGAGGCAACAAUUUUUAUCAAAACGCGGAGUUAACUUUCUACUGUAUUGAUAAUUAUAUGACAGAAGUGCAAAAAUUGAAUAGGAAUUGGUCUGAUUACAGAUUUCUUAGUUAUCACUUUGCUACACUUGAUGACUAUAUCCACCAGAUGGAGAAAGAAUACCCUGAUGAGCAUUGGAACGUCCCAUAUACUUUGGAAGACAAAGACUACCACUCAGUAGAUGAUAGAAGGGACUUAAAUUAUCAGAAUAUUCAUUCUGGGUAUCAUGGAUUUUAUACCACCCAUUCAGAAGUAAAGAACAUUAAUUCAAAUUUCCAAAAAGAUCUGACUAGUCUAUCUGCAGCUUUUGUGAUUAACAAUUUAUUGAAUCUCAAAUACGAUCUUGAAGUCCCUCGAAGGAUUCCAAAUAUACAGAAGUAUAACCAAAUCAGAGGAGAAAUCUCAAGUCUCAGCACAAUUCAAGUGAUAGAUGAUGCACACACUUCAGAAAAUGGAGAUAUGAAAUACUUUUCGAAAGUAAGCAAAAUCUCUCAAGAUAUUUCAAAUCUAUACAAUACAAAGAUGCUCAAGUCUUUGCAAAUAAAGAAAGAAAAUGAAAAUAUUGAAAUCGCUAAUAUUGAGUCUGAUGAAAUCCUUGCUCAUUUCCUUGGCAAAGAAUGGAGCGAGGAAAUUCAGAAAAUAAUUAUCUUCAAUCCCUCCCUUACUGAUGCUAAAGAAGUAGUUCGCAUUAGAAUUCAGAGCCCUCAAGCCGCAGUUUUUAAUAAUGAGCUAAAAUCAAUAAAGUCUCAACUUGAUAAAGUAGUCCAAUUCACUAUUGAAGUUGGGAAUACACAAGAAACUAAUAAUGACAACAAUUUGCUGUUUGAAGCCUCUCUUGCUCCUCAUGAAACAAAAGUAUUUUUCGUCAGAUCUAUCUCAGACUCAACUGUCUGUCAAGAGAGCUUCCAAAAAUAUUGCUCUAUAGAGAGCAAGAAGGAAGAGAUGACUAAAACAGAAGAAAUGAAACUGAAGCUUGGAAAGACUGAAGUUUUCCUGAGCAAUAACCUCCUACCUAAGAGGUUCAUCACUCCUUAUCAAGAAUCAGUCAUGGCUGAUAUUGACAUGGAUAUUUUCUCAUAUUCUAUUGAAGAAGACAAAAUCCUUUCUACGGAUAAAGGGCAAAGAGAGAGCCUUGAAGCUUUAAAAAUCAUAAAGCAGACUGGUUUCCUUAGUACGACCGCUACAAUGUAUGGCAAGUUAUCUUCUUCAACUUCACAAAUGGACACAGUUGAGGUAACAACAAGUGUUCUGGCAAACUCUUUCAUCCCAGAGGUUCAAAUAACUUCAUAUUUGUCCAGAAAUAUUGAAAUUGCUUUGAGAAUUGAUUUAAAGAGCCACCAAAACUCAAAGCUUUAUUCAAGUGAUUCCUUAUAUUCAAUGGAGAUUGAUCACAACCAUGAUAGACUAUUCCCGACCAUCAGUGGAGUUUCUUCAAAAGCACAAAAUGGAAAUAUCUUCCAAACAAUAACUGCCACUCCCAUGCCUGCUCGCAACCUUGGAAGUGUUUUUGAGUAUAUAAUAAGCAGGAAGACAACAAAGAAGAAUAAUCUAGCUGAUAUUCCCUCGACUAUUAAUUUCAAGUUCUUGAUGAUCAAGAACAACUUAUUUUUGGACCAACAAUCUCUUACAUUAAGUGUUUUAGAGACUAAGGAAGAUAUUCAGUCGUUCAUUAACACUCAUGCCACCUCACUUUCCUUCUUCAGUGCCAAAACUUUUACUCCUACUCUUGAGUUGGUUGGAUACGAUGUGGCUCAUAACAUUAUAAAGCUAAGAAAUCGGUCAAAAUUUAAGUCAAAAGUACCAUUUACACCAUUCUCAAAGAGCAGCUUAAGAAUUUGGACAGAUAGAAAAUUCCUACUAAAUGGACUAGAAGACAAGGAAAGCUAUUUCAAGUAUGACAAGGAAGAGUACCCAGAUUCUCUUAAAGUUAAAGACCUCAGAGAACAGAAGCACAAGGUAGAUAUCCUUGAAAAUCAUAUCCCGAAGGUUCAAGUAGAAUCUAAGAUUGGUAUGAGAGAAGGGCUUUUCCUUGAUGGAUAUGAAUUUGCAGCUUUUAGGAUAGAUUCGGAUUAAUUGUCAAGUUCAAUAAUUA